UGGAAAAACUCAGUUAACCUCUUCAUCACACCUUUUGCUGUCCUGCAUUCUGUUUAGCUUCCAUGGAGGGUGCCAUUGGAAAUCCUGCAGCCUAUGUCCAGCAGCCAAAAAGAGGCAGCUUAAUCAUGCUCUCAGCAUCUGAUGAUACUAUGAUGCUGAAGCAAAUCCAGGCAACUCAUUCUCCUGAUGGCCGUGAAAUCAAUGUCAAACCUCUCCUGCUCAUUGUUGAAGACAUCUUCAAGCAAUCCACGCCUGCCAUUGAUGCCAUUGUUAGCCCGGCACAGUCAGAGGCAUUGGAGGACAAGACAUACCAAGCUACUGUGGCCAGCAUGCUUGAAGCUUUGUCAUUUCUGAUUGAUCGAAUUGCUUCUGAGAUAACAUACAGGUGCACAGGAGGUGGGGAGGCACAUGAAGCAGCAAUAUCAAUAUUGAAAAUGGUGUCAAACUAUUGGUGGGAUGCCAAAUUGGUGAUAGCGUUAUCAUCUUUUGCCAUGAACUAUGGUGAAUUCUGGCUCCUUGCACAGAGCUACACCUCAAACCAGCUAGCCAAACAGCUGGCAACCCUUAGACAAUUGCCUGAAAUCUUACAGCACACCAACAUUCUGCAAUCCCGGUUUGAAGCAAUCAAAACUCUCAUCAUUUCCAUGCUAGAUAUUGCCCGUAGCAUAGUUGAGUUCAAAGAGCUACCAUCCCAGUAUAUUACAGCGGAUCAUCAUGCACUGUCCACGGCAAUGACCCAUAUACCGUUAGCUGUCUAUUGGACUAUAAGAUGCAUGCUGGCCUGUGCCUCUCAGAUCAUUAGCCUCACAGAGUUGGGGAGCGAGCACUUUUUAUCCACCGCAGAGUCCUGGGAGUUUUCAACUCUAACUCACAAGCUCAGCAAUUUGAACAGCCACCUAGCAUCUUUGCUAGCUACCUGCUACAAGGACAUAGAUGAGAAGAAAUAUAUUGAAGAGUAUCAGAACCUUGUGCAUUUGCUUGAGACAAGAACCCAUAUUGACAACAUGAAGGUUCUCAAGGCGUUGAUUAACCCAAAGGAUGAUCCACAACCACUUGUUGAUGGAUUCACAAAGAGAAGGGUUCAUAUUGAAGUCUUAAGGCAAAAAAAUGUCCUCCUGCUGGUAUCAGACCUAGACAUCCUGCAGGACGAGGUCUCCAUACUUGAACAUAUAUACAGUGAAGCCCGGAGCCAACCAGCAAGGCUGGAGAGCCAAUAUGAGCUUGUGUGGCUCCCAAUAGUGGAUCCAUCUGUUCCAUUAAUUGAGAGCAGGCAGAAGCAAUUUGAGAAUCUUCAGGCUAGCAUGACAUGGUAUACAUUACACCAUCCUUCUUUGCUUGACCGAGCAGUGAUCAAGUUUGUCAAGGAAGAGUGGAAGUUUCAGAAGAAGCCUAUUCUUGUGGUUCUAGAUCCACAAGGAAGGGUUGCAUGCCCAGAUGCACUCCACAUGAUGAGGAUUUGGGGGAGUUUGGCCUUCCCCUUCACAACUGCAAGGGAAGAAGCCCUGUGGAAUGGAGAAACUUGGAGACUUGAGUUGUUGGUGGAUAACAUUGAUCAGCAAAUUAUGAACUGGAUGGACGAAGGAAGAUUCAUUUGCCUGUAUGGAGGAGAGGACAUUGAGUGGAUCAGAAAAUUCACAACAACAGCUAAUACUGUCGCACGAGCUGCAGCAGUCCCCUUGGCCUUGGUUUAUGUUGGAAAAAGCAAUCCAAAGGAGCGUGUUAAGAGUAACAUGUUGACCAUCGUUGCAGAAAAGCUCAGCCACUACUUGCCAGAUCUCACCUCAAUUUGGUGGUUCUGGAUUAGGAUAGAGAGCAUGUGUUACUCCAAGAAUCAACUUGGGAAAACAGUGGAGAAUGAUCCUAUAAUGCGGGAGAUCAUGACCCUGCUCACAUUUGAUGCCACAGGGGGUGGCUGGGCUUUAAUCAGUAGAGGUACAGCAGAGAUGACCCGAGCAAAAGGGAGCAUAUUUUUAACCUGCCUUUCUGAAUAUAACCAGUGGAAGGGAGAUGUGCAGCCUAAGGGAUUUGUGAAGGCAAUACAUGAAUACCUCCUGCGGAUUCAUACCCCACAGCACUGCAACCGGCUCCUGCUGCCCACUACUGUUGGGAAGAUACCAGAAAGAAUUGUCUGCACUGACUGCGGCCGCCCCAUGGAGAGGUACAUCUUGUACCAGUGCUGUGAUGAAUAAAGAACACUUUAGACACCACAACCAUCCUACUACUUAUGAUGAGUGCAAUAAAGUCAAUAAGUUGGAUUUUAAGAUCAAUGAAUGCUUGUGUAUUUUGAAGGUUUUCUACUAAAAACUUUACAUAUAAGAAAAUGUAAGUUUGUAGUACAGAAAUUAUACAACACAAGUCCUAUGUAUCAACCAAAAUCUAUUAUUGUAUGGUCCAACAAAAUCUAUGUUUGUCU